GAUACCCUGGUUCCAGUAUCCCAUCAUCUACGACAUCAGAGCCCGACCCAGAAAGAUCUCGUCCCUCACUGGAAGCAAAGACCUUCAGAUGGUGAACAUCGCACUGCGAGUCCUGUCGCGGCCGCUGGCGUCCAACCUGCCCGUCCUCUACCAGCACCUGGGACAAGACUACGACGAGCGCGUGCUGCCGUCCAUCGUCAACGAGGUGCUGAAGAGCGUGGUGGCGAAGUUCAACGCUUCACAGCUGAUCACGCAGAGAGCGCAGGUCUCCCUGCUGAUCCGCAGAGAGCUGUUCGAACGGGCCAAAGACUUCAACAUCAUCCUGGACGACGUGGCCAUCACAGAGCUCAGCUUCAGUCGCGAGUACACCGCCGCCGUCGAGGCCAAACAAGUCGCCCAGCAGGAGGCGCAGCGAGCUCAGUUUUAUGUAGAAAAGGCCAAACAGGACCAGAGACAGAAGAUCAUCCAGGCUGAAGGAGAAGCUGAAGCUGCCAAGAUGCUGGGCGAGGCCGUGACGAAGAACCCAGGAUACCUGAAGCUCAGGAAGAUCCGGGCGGCGCAGGCCAUCGCCAAGACGGUGGCGCAGUCUCAAAACAAAGUGUACCUGAACGCUGACAGCCUGGUGCUCAACCUGCAGGACAGAGACAGCUACAAUUUGUUGAGGAAGUAAGAGGACGUCUCUCCGUCGGUUUGUCAUCAUUCCUUCUGGUCUUCAGAAACUCUGAACCCACCUCUCACGAGUCCACGUCCUCGUUUACAGGCCACAAAACUGAACUCUAAUCUGUGGACUGUGGUUUUAUUUUGAAAGGUUCCUCUGGUGUAGGUGAAAGGUGAUUCUUCGGCUUCUGUGUUCUCUGUAGACGUUUACGGCCUCUUUACUUUUCACAACCAGAAACUCCUUUUAUUUGUGAGUAAGACGUUAUAGAAUAAGUUUGUUUGUUCACGCUGAGAAGUCCUGUAAGGUUGUUUUUUUUUUUUUUCUUUGAAAGAUUAUUUCUGUACAUUUUCACUCCACAGUUUAUCCCAUAAAUAAGUCAGAAGCACUGAUGAACAAGUUAUUCUGCUUUGUGCUGUGACUUAAAAUGAAGAAAAUAAAGUUUCAAGAAUAAAAUGUGAAACAUGAGACUUUAACAAACACCAGAGGAAUCUUUUAACUCGUCAAUUCUCCAAAAUCACAAACAAAUAAACAUUACUGCUGCAGAUUCAUCUGAUUAUUCUCCUGAUUAAUUGAUGAUUGUUUUGGUCUAAUAAUUGUCAGAAAGUCCAGAGCCAAUGAGAACGACUUUAAUAGUCCUGUUUACUGUCAUAGCGAUUAGGAAUCAGGGAAAAGCAAAAUUAAAAAGCUUAAAACAGUAAAAUUACAGCAACCUGUUGUUUACUGCCUGAUUCAGUUCAAACUAUCAGAAAGUGUCAUUGUGAUUUGGGUGAACUGACCCUUUAUGUAUCGCUGAGCUGAGCCUGGAGGAGGAUUUAACCUUAUUGGCUGGAGGAGAAGCUUUGAGAGCCGACAGCGGCAGCCGAUCACAACUAUUUGUGUCUGUCGGGGCGUCACGGCUGUCUGGGACUCUGGAUGGGAAGAAGAGAUUGAAGCAUUUGAACAUUUAAAUCUUCACACGUGUAAUGUUUGUGUUCAGUGUCAUUAAAGGAAAAAGAAACGAGAUGAUCGAUUGUUAGCACCUCUUCAGCAUUUAUUAGCUCUAUAUGAAGAUUGAAUAAAUGGUUUAUAACACACUA